AUGGGUGACUGGAGUUUUCUAGGGCGACUGCUGGAGAAUGCUCAAGAACACUCCACUGUGAUUGGAAAGGUUUGGCUGACGGUCCUCUUCAUCUUCCGAAUUUUGGUGCUGGGUGCAGCAGCUGAAGAAGUUUGGGGUGACGAGCAAUCAGACUUUACCUGUAAUACACAGCAGCCUGGUUGUGAGAACGUUUGCUAUGAUGAGGCCUUCCCCAUUUCCCACAUCCGUUUCUGGGUGCUGCAGAUCAUCUUUGUCUCCACACCCACCCUCAUCUACCUGGGCCAUGUGCUACACAUUGUCCGCAUGGAGGAGAAGAGGAGAGAGAGGGAAGAGGAGCUCAGAAAGGCUGGACGGCACCAGGAGGACCUUGACCCUCUCUACCACAACGGAGUUGGCGAUGGAGGAGGUGGUGGGAAAAAAGAGAAACCCCCAAUUCGUGAUGAACAUGGAAAAAUCAGGAUACGCGGGGCUUUACUGAGGACCUACAUCUUCAACAUAAUCUUCAAGACUCUAUUUGAAGUGGGCUUCAUCCUGGGACAGUACUUCCUGUAUGGCUUCCACCUGAGGCCACUUUAUAAAUGUGGCCGCUGGCCCUGCCCCAAUACUGUGGACUGCUUCAUCUCCAGGCCCACUGAAAAGACAAUCUUCAUCAUCUUCAUGCUGGUUGUUGCCUGCAUCUCUUUGGUCCUCAACCUGCUGGAGAUCUAUCACCUGGGCUGGAAGAAGGUAAAGCGGGGGGUCACCAAUGAGUUUGCACCUGACAGUGAGUCACUGAUGCUGGCUGAAGAUGAGCCCGCAGACGCAGACACAAUCCCUGAGCAGAUCUCUCCUUCGGUGCUCAACUGUUUGCCUACAUUUGGGAGUGUGAGUGUGCUGGGGGGCGGAGCAGCUGAGGGAGGAGCCUAUAGCCCAACAGAGUCUUCUCCUACUGUGAUCUCCUUAAACCCUGCCACCACCCCUAUGCCUGCCGGGCUGAAGAUGGACGGUGCAGUGUUCCACCCAGACGACUUCUUGUUGGAGUCCGCUUCUUUUUACAGCAAUGAUGCGAAAGUGAGCCUUGGAAGCCAAGGACAGCUGGUGGCAAUGGAGCAGAACUGGAACAACAUGGCGCUGGAGCUCCACAAUCUGAAUGGAAAAAAUUCCUCCUAUCCUCCUCCUCUUCCCUCUCCCCCCACCUCAGCCUCCUCCUCCCCUCACGAGGAAAAGACCCCACCACCUCCACCAGAGGAUCAGCAUUCUACAUUUCCCACACUUCCUCGCAACACCCCUCUUUCUUCCCUCAUGCCAGAGGAGACAGCAGCAGAAGAGGAAACUACUGUCAACACAGCACCUUGUAAGGUCCUACACAAUGACUUCACUGUGGUAACCAGGGCGGAGAUGCAUCAGCCUCCUGCUGCUGUGGGGACAGGCAACCGUAAGCCAAGUCGGGCCAGCAAGAGCGGUGGCGUCCGAGCUCGCCCCGAUGACCUGGCCGUGUAG